UGUUUCUCAGGACAUCAAGGAGAACAACAGCUCUGAAUCACUUUCUGUUCUGUUUUACACCUUUCAUUUCAAUCACUUCUAAGUAUCUAAGUAAACUGUGCAUUUAAAUAACACAUUAAUAACAGUAAACAACUUCAGUUACUUCUGGUGUUGUGUUGAAAUAAUUUGAAACUAGCAGGAAGAAUCAGGUUCAUGGACCUACAGUAUGAGGCCAUCUUUAGAUGUCAGCUCUCUCCCUCCACACAGUAAAGUGUAGAUAGGAUACAAGGCCGGCCGGAACUGCAAAUACACAUCAAUACAGAAGCAUUUUUUAUGACACUGUAUAACAAUAAUUUAUAUUUUUACAGUACUGUGACGGUUAGGGUGGUUGUAGACAUUAAUGAAAUACUAUUUAUUGGGUAAUUUAAUAGAUAAUAUAAAUCAUAUUCGUUAACUUCCGGCCACAAACGUAUCUGAUCCAGCAACAACCCCUACACACUCUUGCUUCACUCGCUCUGCUGCUAGACUCUCUUUAAGAGCAGUGUAGGUGCUGUGAGGCUCUCUGGAGCUACCAUCACGUAAGCUAUUAUACCUGCUCAGGAAUAUUCCCACAAACCAUUUCAUUUUGCCACACUUUCUAUUAGAUAGGCCUGUGAUGUGCUGGUAUCAGUAGUUGAAGAUGAACAAACCAUUUUAAGGGCCUUGCAUUUAUUUAGGCCUGUUUGCCUUAAAGAAUACCAUAAAGAUGUAGUUAGAUGGUAUUACAUGCUCAUAUUAAAUUGACUGGACAUAUUAAAGAGUUUUGAUAAUGAUGUUCAGAUAAGUUGCAAUAAACAGUAGUUUAUUCCCUUUUAAUAAUAAAGUAAUGGAUGUAUGUAGGUGUGCAUGGUCAAUGCAUCACAUCUAAUACAUUUAUCUGGUCCAAAAUGUUAAAUUACCAAAUGUUGGUAUUAUAAUAAAACAUAAUGGACACAUAAUGGCAGUUUAUUCCGCUAUGGCGACCCCAAUCAGGGACUAAACAUGAAUGAAUGAAUGGAAACAUAAUAAAACACAUGUUGUAUUAUUUACACCCUGACAGCAGGAUUGAAUGCCUUUAUUUAUUACAAGUGUUUGUAAUAGUUCAUGAAUUUUUUUUUUGUGAAUUCUUUAAUAGUUCUAAAUGGGAUCCAUUUAUUUAUGUGUUGUCAGAAUACAGCAUUUAAUAAUAAGGGGGUUCUUUGUAUCUUAAUUAUAACUUUUUUUCGUUAAGCUAUUAAAAUUCCCUUAUACCAUAAUGCAUUUAUUUAGUUAGAGCAAAUAUGUUCGGGUAAUAAGCUGAAUAAUUUCCAGUAAAAGUUCGACUGACACAUUAGAGCUGUCAGUGCUGCAUUGCUGCUGAAGGCCAUCCGCUGUAUAUGCAUGCACCAGACUGCGGUUCAGUCGGCGACCCGCGCUAAAGCAGCGCGGGAAAGUGUGUGACAUUACACGUGACCGGAGAUUUUGCGUCCCCACCGCGACCAUCCCCUCCCCCCCACACACACACCUGCGACACAGCAGGACAGGGUCAGAGAGGAUGCUGUGAGUAAAGGCGCGAAGACGUCAACAUGUCUGAAGGACAGGACGAUAAAAGUGACAGAUGCUCUGGAUGCACAGAAUUUGCAGUGGAUGAGGUGACAGCUUGUGCUAAAGAAGAGACAAAGCUUAACAAGAAAAUACUUGGUUAUGCUUCAGAAGAAUCUUCAUCAAGAUCAGAUAUCAGUGAGGAUGAUUACGUGCCAGAUACUGAAGAGUCUGACAGUAACACUUCAGAAAAAGUAGAGAGUUUAGUAAAAAAGAUAAGUAAUAAUAAGAAAAAGGUAAAGUCAACUUCAAAUGUUUUACUGCCUAUUCUGCUUCAAACCAUUCAGUAAAAUCGCACGUCACCUAGAGUCUAAACAUAAAGAUAAGCCAGAGGUGGCAAGAGCGAUUGCUUUUCCGAAAGGCUCUAAAGAGCGAAAAAUACAGCUGAGUUUGUUAAGGAAUAAGGGGAACCGAUGUCAUAACGCUCAGGUACUCAGUGAAGGAAGAGGAACGGUGAUUCCUAAACAACAAUCCACUGCACCAGUAAAUGCAAGUGAUUAUUUGCACUGCAUUAACUGUUCAGCGUAUCUGAAGAGAAAAUCGCUAUGGCGGCAUAUGCAAAGAUGCCAGCUGAGCCAGAAAAUUAACAAAAUGAAGCCAGGGAAAACUCGUGUUCAGUCACUUUGCUCAUAUGCUGAACCUGUUCCAGACAGUAUAAGUGAAAGGUUUUGGAAAAUGGUGCUUGAUAUGCAUGACGAUGAGAUAACCCAUGUUGUCCGCAAAGAGAAAAUCAUACUGAAAUUAGGGCAACAUCUCUUCAAUAAGCAUGGCCAUGAUGUUACGAAGCAUGAAUACAUCAGGCAAAAAAUGCGUGAAACUGGACGUCUUGUCCUCGAAGGGAAAAAAAAUGGUAAGCUGAAGGAGGUGUCUGAUUUCUUUAUUCCAGCUAAUUUCCCUUAUGUUAUUCAAGCAGUUCACAGUGUAGCUGGCUUGAACGAAGAGACAAGCACAUUUAAAACACCAUCUUUAGCACUGAAGUUAGGGCACAACCUCAAGAAGAUGGCCAGCAUUAUUGAGUGUGAUGCCAUGAUGGCAGAUGAUAAGAAUAGUCUUAGCAACGUGCAAGCCUUCAAGCAAAUAUGUGACACUAAAUGGAGUGAGUGUGUGUCAUCCCAGGCCCUUCGUAAUUUGAGUGAAGUUAAAUGGAACUGUCCACAGCUUCUUCCGUUUGCGGAAGAUGUGAAGAAAAUGCAUCAGUAUCUUGACUGCCAAAGUAAGGCAUAUCAAGCAAGACUUGAGGAAGAACAAAGUAUGAAGCACUGGGCAGAACUUGCCAAAGUCACGCUUUGUCAGGUGAUACUAUUUAAUCGAAGAAGGGAAGGAGAGGUGUCUAAGAUGUCACUUAAUUCGUUUACAUUAAGGGACACAUCCUCAACUCAUCCGGAUGUUGAGCUUGCUCUGUCCGAUCUAGAGAAGUCACUUUGUAGUCAUUUUCAAAGAAUCGAAGUCCGAGGAAAACGUGGCAGAAAAGUCCCCAUUUUGCUCACUCCUAAUAUGGUCGUCUCAAUGGAGUUGUUGGUGAAGACUCGCCGCAGCUGUGAUGUGCCAGAUGAGAACGUCUUUAUGUUCGGAAGACCCCAAGCUCUCACUUUCUUCAGAGGAUCUGACGUCAUUCGUAACAUAGCAAAAAGCUGUGGAGCAAAGCACCCCGAGGCAUUGUCCUCCACCAAACUGCGAAAGCACAUGGCCACUAUGUCUAAGGUGCUAAACUUAAAAGAGAAUGAAAUGGAUAACCUCGCAGAUUUUUUAGGGCAUGACAUCAGGGUCCACAGGCAAUAUUACAGACUUCCUGAAGGCACAUUGCAGCUAGCAAAAAUUAGCAAAGUCUUGAUGGCCAUGGAACGAGGACAGCUUUCACAGUUUAAAGGACAGAAUUUGGAUGAAAUCCAGAUUGAUCCCCAAGAGAAACUUUUGCUAGACAGUGAUGGAUCCGAGUCUGAAAAUGAGAUUGAGUCAACUGGAAAUGGUGCCUCACCUUCAAAUUCAGCAGAGAAAUCAAAGAAGUCUGCUGAGGUUGGACAACACCAAGAACCAUCCAAAGGAGGCAAGAAUCCUAAAAAACUGCAGCCGACUAGCAAGGACUUGCCGGAACCGCACAGAACAAAGAGUAAGCUGUUUUUUAAAAUGUCUUCUGAAAUAAGUUGCCCUUUCUGUUUUUCUUCUAAAGUUUAUUCAUGUACAUGCAAGGUAGACGUCACAAACGGAUUUCCUUCUAGUCAUUAUCCAUGAAUUCAAUCAAUACUGCCUGCUUCAUACUGCGGGCAC